AUGGAUUCUGUACCAAGACUGAAUAGCGUUUUUACUUUGGUGCUUUCUGGCUUGUGGCAUUUUGGAUUAACAGCGACAAAUUACAACUGUGAUGACCCAUUGACCUCCUUCCUCUCACUGAGGGCUUUCUCCAGCUCCUCAGAUCUCACUGGAAGGUCCAGCCCAGCUCAACUCAACUGGAUAAUGGGAACUGGUGGUUGGUCCCCAGCAGAUUCUAAUGCCCAACAGUGGCUCCAAAUGGACCUGGGAAACAGAGUGGAGAUAACAGCUGUGGCUACCCAGGGAAGAUAUGGGAGCUCUGACUGGGUGACAAGCUAUCGCCUGAUGUUCAGUGACACAGGGCACAACUGGCAACAGUACACGCAGGAAGGCAGCAUCUGGACAUUUGUAGGAAACAUGAAUGCUAACAGUGUGGUGCACCACAAACUGCUGAACUCUGUGAGAGCCCGCUUUGUUCGCUUUGUGCCCCUGGAGUGGAAUCCAAAUGGAAAGAUUGGCAUGAGAGUAGAGGUCUAUGGAUGUUCCUACAGAUCAGAUGUAGCUGACUUUGAUGGCUGGAGCUCACUUCUCUACAGGUUCAAUCAGAAGACAAUGAGCACCCUCAAAGAUGUGAUCUCCCUGAAGUUCAAGAGCAUGCAAAGGGACGGCGUUCUGUUCCACGGGGAAGGACAACGUGGAGACCACAUCACCCUAGAGCUCCAGAAUGGCAGGCUAGCCCUAUACCUGAACCUGGAUGACAGCAAAGCCCAGGUCGGCAGCACUGCGCCUUUGGUCAUUCUGGGUAGCCUUCUGGAUGACGAGCACUGGCACUCAGUUCUCCUGGAGCGUGUGGGCAAGCAGGCAAACUUCACUGUGGACAAGAACACACAGCACUUCCAGACCAAGGGUGAGACUGAUGCCCUGGACAUUGACUAUGAGCUCAGUUUUGGAGGAAUUCCAGUACCAAGCAAACCUGGGACCUUUUUAAAGAAAAACUUCCGUGGCUGUAUAGAAAACCUUUACUACAAUGGAGUGAACAUAAUUGACUUGGCUAAAAGACGCAAGCAUCAGAUUUACUCAGGCAAUGUCACCUUUUCCUGCUCAGAACCACACAUUGUCCCCAUCACAUUUGUCAACUCCAGGAGCAGUUAUUUGCUGCUGCCUGGUACCCCCCAAAUUGAUGGACUGUCAGUGAGUUUCCAGUUUCGAACAUGGAAUGAGGAUGGUCUGCUUCUGUCCACAGAACUGUCUGAAGGCUCAGGAACCCUGCUGCUCAUCCUGGAGGGCGGGACUCUGAGGCUCCUGAUUAGGAAAGUGGCCAGGCAUGGAACUGAAAUCUUCACAGGCAGUGGCUUGAAUGAUGGCCUGUGGCAUUCUGUCAGCAUCAAUGCCAAGAGAAACCGUGUUACUCUCACACUGGAUGCUGCUGCUGCAUCCCUGCCUCCAGACACCUCCUGGCUACAGAUAUAUUCUGGAAAUAGUUACUACUUUGGAGGAUGCCCCGACAAUCUCACUGGUUCCCAAUGCUUAAACCCAAUUAAGGCUUUCCAAGGCUGCAUGAGGCUCAUCUUUAUUGAUAACCAGCCCAAGGACCUCAUUUCAGUUCAGCAAGGCUCCCUGGGGCGUUUUAGUGAUUUACACAUUGAUCUGUGUAGCAUCAAAGACAGGUGUUUGCCAAACUACUGUGAACAUGGAGGACAAUGUGUCCAAACCUGGACUAACUUCUACUGCAACUGCAGUGACACUGGUUACACAGGAGCCACCUGUCAUGACUCCAUUUAUGAACAUAUGUGUGAAGUUUUUCAAGAGAGGGGUGAAUCAUUUGGCUGGUUUUUUAUAGAAUCAAUGGGAAAAGAGUCCCUUGGUCCUGUGAAGGCUAGAUGCCCCAACACGGAGGACAAGAUCUGGAUGACCGUUCAGCACAACAACACAGAGCUGACUCGGGUACAGGGUUCCAACCCCGAGAAUCCCUACGCCAUGACUUUAAACUAUGGUGGGAGUCUAGAGCAACUGGAGGCUCUGAUUGAUGGCUCAGAGCACUGUGAACAGGAGGUGACAUACUACUGCAAGAGAUCCCGCCUGCUUAACACACCAGGUGGAGUCCCAUUCACCUGGUGGAUUGGGAGGUCCAAUGAAAAGCAUCCUUAUUGGGGAGGUUCUCUUCCUGGAGUCCAGCAGUGUGGAUGUGGGCUGGAGGAGAGCUGCCUGGACAUCCGACAUUUUUGCAAUUGUGAUGCUGACACAGAUGAAUGGACAAACGAUACUGGUUUUCUUUCUUUCAAAGAUCACUUGCCUGUAACUCAGAUAAUUAUUACUGAUACCAACAGAUCAAAAUCAGAAGCAGCUUGGAGAAUUGGACCCUUGCGUUGCUAUGGUGACCGACACUUCUGGAAUGCUGUCUCAUUUUCUACCGAAGCCUCUUUCCUCCACUUCCCUACCUUCCGUGUGGAAUUCAGCGCUGACAUUUUCUUCUUCUUUAAAACCACUGCUUUAUCAGGAGUUUUCCUAGAAAUCCUUGGCAUUAAAGACUUCCUCCGACUUGAAAUGAGCUCUCCUUCUGAGGUCAUACUUGCCAUUGAUGUUGGGAAUGGGCCCAUUGAGCUCCUCGUCCAGUCUCCUUAUCCUCUGAAUGACAACCAAUGGCAUUAUAUCCGGGCUGAGAGAAACCUCAAGGAGACCUCAUUGCAGGUGGACAACCUUCCACAGAGUGUGAGGGAGGCCUCAGAGGAAAGCCAUUUCCAAUUUCAGCUGAAUAGCCAGUUGUUUGUAGGAGGAAAAUCAUCAAGACAAAAAGGCUUUUUUGGAUGCAUCCGUUCCUUACACUUGAAUGGGCAGAAUAUAGACCUGGAAGAGAGAGCAAAGGUCACAUCAGGAGUGAGACCUGGCUGUCCAGGUCACUGUAGCAGUUAUGGAAGAAAUUGCCAAAAUGGGGGCAAGUGUGUGGAGAAGCAUAUUGGCUACUCAUGUGACUGUACCAACUCACCAUAUGAAGGACCUUUCUGCCAGAAAGAGAUUUCAGCUCUUUUUGAUUCUGGCACCUCUGUUACAUACAUGUUUCAAGAACCAUACUCAGUGACCAAGAACACAGACCUCUCAUCUUCUGCUAUCUACACAGAUACAGCUCCAUCCAAGGAAAUCAUCAUGCUGAGUUUCAUGACAGCACAAGCCCCCACCCUCUUGCUCUACCUCAAUUUCUCUUCUCAGAAUUUUCUGGCUAUUUUGCUCUCCCAGAAUGGAAGUCUACAGAUCCACUAUCAACUAAGCAAGGAAGAAAGUCAUGUGUUCACCAUCAACACGGAGAAUCUGGCCAAUAGAAGAGUGCACCAGGUGAAAAUGAGCCGUGAUGGGCCAGAACUUUCUAUUCAGAUGGACCAGCAACUCUUCAGCUAUCCUUUCUCAGUAGAAGCUGAGUUCCAGAGAGCAAGGUCACUCAUCCUAGGCAAGGUCACAGAGACUCUUGGUUUGGAUCCAGAAGUUGCUAGAGCAAAUACCUUGGGUUUUGUUGGAUGUCUUUCUUCAGUCCAAUACAAUCAUAUAACACCAUUGAAGGCAGCCCUUCGCCAUGCCAGCAUUUCACCUGUGACUGUCCAAAGGACUUUGACAGAAUCCAGCUGUGUCUCCAUGGUGGACUCUGAUGCAAAUGCAGUGACCACCGUGCAUUCUUCAACAGAUCCUUUUGGAAAGAGAGAUGAGCGUGAACCACUCACAAAUGAAGUCCAAAGUGACUCGGCAGUCAUUGGAGGCAUCAUAGCAGUGGUGACAUUCAUCAGUUUUUGUGUCAUUGGAAUCAUGACCCACUUUUUUUAUCAGCACAAGUGGUCACACUAUGACAGUCAAAUGAAGGAGAAGGAAUACCCAGGGAACUUGGACAGUUCCUCUAGAAAUGACAUUGACUUGCAAAACACAACCAGCGAGUGCAAACGGGAAUACUUCAUAUGA